CGUCCUCCCUAUUUCCCGACCUACCUGGGCACACCCGUUGUUUUGAAAGGACAUCAAUCUCAUCACGCUCUACUAGGCUCGGUUGCAAUCCGGCGAAUUGUCGAUCAUGAUCUCUUCACGACUGCUUCGACCGGAAUCCCGGUAAGACUGAUGUCUUGUUUGAACUGCUUUGUCGGGCUAACGGAAUCGGCUCCGAGGACUAGCAGACGCCCAAAGCUGAAUUGUUCAAAACAUCGAGCUCGUUAUUGCAGCUGGUAUGUGCGCAGUUCAUAUUGCAGCUCUCCACUCCGUACGUCAGGAAUAGUCAAAUUCAUCCAUACUAGGCACUCCAAAUACAGGUCAAGAACGCGUCAGCUCGUGGCGUGGUGUGGCUGGGACUGGAGAUUAUUGAACUGCUGCCUUGCACGCCCAUCGAGAAGGGGCCAGAAGACAAGACGAGAUGUUAUUUGCUCGAGGCUCAAGAUGGACAAUGGCAUUGCCUCCAGACCCAAGUCGCCUAGGUACUAUACACCCCUCCAUCCCGACCCAAGUCCAGUCUGGAAAGCCCGCCGUCCAAGUUGGCCCUCCCAAACUCUCGACAAGCUACUGCACUAUAAUGCAAGUGACACAUUAGUCCCCCCACCCAUCGUCGCGGCUGAUGCCGAGAAAGUGACUGAGCUUUGUCUCUACAAAUGUUCAUCGUGUGACACGGCAUGAAUCCGGAGGACGUGAAUGCCAAAGGCAUGCUUAUAUAUCGGUCAACGCAGCAUCCGUACUGGUAUUUUCCACUCUCGACUAGAUGAGGGACAAACAGGGGAAGGGGGUAGGCUAUUUCCCGCGGAGGAGAUGUGUAAAUGCGAAAAUCGUCUCUGCACGUAUGUACGCCAUGAUUUACCCCCCAUUGCAUGACAAAGGUUGGAAACAACAAGAAAAAA